UUUGCUUUUAAACCGGAUAUCCGCCUGCAACUGAGGUCAAAGGUUCUCUCUCGCAGCCAUCUUGGUUAUUGCAUCUUGAGUCGCAACCAUGCCUGGCGAAGCAACAGAAACAGUCACGGAGCAGGAGCUGCACCAGCCACAAGUGGAGACUGCAACACCUCCUGCCCCAGCUCCCACCCAGCAACCUCAGACAGCUUCUGGCCCUGCAAAGCCAAAAGAUGCCAAAAGUGCUAAGGGUUCUUCUGCCCCAAAGGCUGUUCCUAGCAGAAGGAAACGCUCUUCUAUGUCUGCCUCUUCCGCCUCUCCCACCUCGCCAAAAUCAACUCCCUCCUCAACUCCCUUGUCUCCGGUUCAGUCUCCCUUAGCUUCCUCACCUUCAGCUCACCCCGGUACUCGUUUUGCUCCUAAAGUUGUGAAGGCUGGCAAACAAGAUAAACCCAAGAAAGGGGAGGCUUUUGUGCCUCAACCUGCCACCCAGGAUGUCAAGGUCAUUGAAGAAAGUAAAAGAUCUGUGCAGACUAAGCAAAUUGUUGAUGCUAGGCCUGUCCCAACUGAGCCAAAACAGACAUCUGCAGCUGCUGCAAAGCCUGUUGCAACCCCAGCAGCCCCUAAAGUUACACCAAAGUCUUCUCUGGCAGCUUCAAAUUCUCUUGCUUCUAGCCCUUCCAAAUCUUCUGCUGUUACUCUGAUGACACCUGUUUCUCUUCUUGCUGACGAUGACCUCCCGCCACUCAUUCCACCUACAAAGCCAAGCAAAAUAUUAAAUCAAAGUAGUCCCGUUGGCCCUAUAGAAGUAUCUAAAAUAGAAACCAAAUCCAAGACUAACAUAGACCCAAAGACUAUGCCUGCUCAGGAAGCUGUUCCUGUUAAAGGCCUCAAAGCUUCAACUGUCACUGCUGAGACCAAAAUAUUCUCUCAAACUAAGGUCAGCAGCUUUGAGCUUAAGCCAGCCCCUCAGGUCAAACCUGCUCCUGUGGAAGAGGGAAAGCCAGAUGUUCAGGUAGCUAAGCCAGCCGCCCAGGUCAAACCUGCCGUUGUGCAGCAUGUUCCUGUGAACGUUACCAAGCCUGCCACAGGGAACAUUGCCAAGAUAACCCCAGAAGACAAGGAUGUCAAACAUGCUCCAAUUGAGGCCGCCAAGCGACCUGUGCAGCAAAAGCUUGAGCCACUGUUGGCUUCCAAGCCAGCCACACAGGAUAUGCCUACACCUAUGCAGGCUGCCAAGUCAUCCCAACAAUGCAAGACUGCCAAGCCUGCUCCUGCGGAGGGCACCAGGCCUGCCGCUCAGGAUAAAGAGGUCCCUGUGAAGUCUGCCAAGUCAGUUCCACAGGACAAAUCCAGUCUUCUGCCGGCUGCUAAGCCAGCCCCACAAGACAAGGCCGCCAACCCUGCUCCCAUGGAGGCCACUAAGCCCUCUUUGCAGGACAAACAUGUCCCAGUGCCGGUUGCCAAACCAGCUCCUCAGGACAAGGCUGGCAGGGAUGCUCCUGUGGGGGCUACCAAGUGUGCCAAACUAGGCCCCCAGGAGGGAUUCGCUAGCAUGAAGGCUACCGAGCCAGCACCACAAAACAAAGCUACCAAGCCUGAUCCCGUGGAGACCACCAAGCUUGCAACUGAGGACAAACAUGUCCCUUUGGAGGCUGUCAAGCCAGCCCCUCAAGGCAAAGCUACCAAGCUUAUUCCCAUGGAGGCCACUAAGCCUGCCACUCAGGAAAAACAUGUCCCGUCACAGGUUGCAAAGCCUGCCACUCAAGAGAAAUCCACUCCUGUGCAGGCUAAGACUACCAAUUCAGCCCCACAAGACAAGGCUUCUAAUCCGCUUUCUGUGGAAGCCACCAAGCCUGCCUUGCCGGACAAGCAUGUUCCUGUGCAGGCUGCCAAGCCUGCCUCUCAGGAGAAAUCCACUCUUGUGCAGGCUACCCAGGCUGCCAAGCUAGCUCCACAAGACAAGGCUCCCAAGCCGCUUCCUGUGGAGGCCACCAAGCCUGCCUUGCAUGACAAGCAUGCUCCUGUGCAGGCUGCCAAGCAUGCUCCUGUGCAGGCUGCCAAGCCUGCUCCUCAGGAGAAAUCCACUCCUAUGCAUCCUACCAAGGCUGACAAGCUAGCUCCACAAGACCAGGUUCCCAAGCCGCUUCCUGUGGAGGUCACCAAGCCAGCCUCGCAGGACAAGCAUGCUCCUGCGCAGGCACCCAAGCCUGCCUCUCAGGACAAAUCCACUUCUGUGCAGGCUACCAAGCCAGCACCACAAGAGAAGAUCACAAAGCCAGCACCUCAAGAAAAGACUGCCAAGCCAGCCCCACAAGAGAAGGCUUCCAAGCCUGCUUUUGUCGAGCCCACCAAGCCAGGCUUGCAUGACAAAAAUAUCCCUGUGGAAGCUACCAAGCCAGCCCCUCUGGGCAAGGCCACUACUCAUGUACAGGAUGCCAAGCCAGCCUCACAAGAGAAAGCUGCUAAGCCUGCCACUGUAGGGGACACCAAGCCUGCCUUCCAGGACAAGCAUGCUCCUGUGCAGGCUCCCAAGCCAUCCCCACUAGACAAGACUGCCAAGCCUGCUCCCCUGGGGCCUCCCAAGCCCCAGGACAAACCUGUCCCAGCGCAGGUUGUCAAAUCAGCUCCUCAGGACAAGGCUGGCAAGCCUGCUCCUGUGGAGGCUACCAGCCCAGCUUCGCAGGGCAAAUCUACUACCAUGAAGGCUUCAGAGCCACACAUGCAGGAUAAACCUGUGGUGGAGGCAGAGAAACCUGCUCAAAAGACUGAACUAAAGUCUGUUGCUGAAACUAAACCAGUUGUUGAGACCAAAUUGGUUGCUGAUUCUCCUGUCAAUGACUCGACUUCCCGUAAACUGACUUUUGCUGAGGCCCUUGCAAAGCCUGUCCCUGUCCAACCUGAUGUUGAGUUACUAAAUUCUGUCACUGCACUCAAAACCGCCCCUGCAUCUGAUAAAACCCCAGCCCAGGUGGAGACUGUGAUCAAGAAUGAUGCUGGUUCUGGUACAGAAUCGGACAGUGAUGACUCGGUCCCUGAGCUGGAGGAACAGGACUCUGCACAGACACAGACACAGCAAGCACAGGUUGCAGCUGCUGCUGAACUAGAUGAGGAACCCGUCAGUAAAGCCAAACAAAGCCGCAGUGAAAAGAAGGCACGAAAGGCAAUGUCAAAGCUCGGUCUCAGGCAGGUAACAGGCGUCACCAGAGUCACAAUUCGCAAGUCCAAGAACAUCUUGUUUGUCAUCACCAAACCAGAUGUCUACAAGAGCCCGGCAUCAGACACAUACAUUGUGUUUGGUGAAGCUAAGAUUGAAGAUCUCUCUCAGCAAGCCCAGCUCGCUGCGGCAGAAAAAUUCAAGGUGCAGGGAGAAGCAGUUUCAAACAUCCAGGAAAAUACACAGACGCCAACAGUACAGGAGGAGAGCGAAGAGGAAGAGGUUGAUGAGACUGGAGUUGAGGUCAAGGACAUUGAACUCGUCAUGUCGCAAGCAAACGUAUCUCGGGCAAAGGCUGUACGUGCCCUAAAAAACAACAACAACGACAUUGUCAACGCUAUUAUGGAGUUGACGAUGUAAAACGGACCCCAGAAAGAAGUGUUUGAGAGGCUGCUGAUUCGAUAUUAGCUCAUUUAUAGACUUUAUACACAAGAUGGAAAUUAAAACCCGACUUAAAAAUAA